AUGAUCAAUCUCGAAUCUGUUCUAUCUAGUCUGCCAAACAUCAUAUGGAAUGUUGGUGUCGGUUCCGCAAUAGCACUUGCUGUUCUUAUUCUCAUGAUUGUCCUCUCAGUUUGUUGUCUUAAAAAGAAAGCCAAGAAACGUGUGAUUACCGUUGCCGUUAUCCUUGGAGUUAUAGCUCUUAUUCUCCUCAUCCUUGCUAUUCUCUGCUACACUGAAGUAAUCAACUACAAGGCUAUUGCCACAUCUAUAGUUAACUGGAUUAACAAAGUCUUCUACACUACAUCUAAUAAUGCGCCUGCCGAGAAACCCCUAGAAACCAAUGACAUUACUAAGGAUGCUCCACGAGUCAAACGCUCAACCAUGCCAGAGAUGACUCAGCAAGAGAAAGAUAAGUGUUUUGAGUCACUUCGCGAAUUUGAUCGCAAGAACGACGAGGCCGGCAUUGCUAUUGAUGUAGUUCCUGUCUGCCAAUCAACGGUUUGA